AUGGCAGCAGCAGCAGUAGAGGAAAUCCGCGCGUCGAGCUAUGUUGGGUUCGAUACUAUUACCCGUCAAAUCGAGCACAAGCUCCUUAAGCGCGGGUUCCAGUUCAACGUCAUCGUUGUUGGUCAGACGGGUUUGGGCAAGAGCACCCUCAUCAACACGAUAUUCGCGUCGCACCUCAUUGACUCGAAGGGUCGCUUGGAACAUGACGAGCCCAUUAGGCAGACGACCGAGAUACAGGCUGUUAGUCAUGUAAUUGUGGAAAAUGGCGUUAAACUCCGUCUGAACAUCGUUGACACCCCUGGCUAUGGCGACCAGAUUAACAACGAAGGCUGCUGGGACCCUAUUGUGAAGUACAUCAAGGACCAACACUCCUCUUACCUCCGCAAAGAGCUGACUGCUCAACGCGACCGUUACAUUCAAGACACUCGCAUUCACUGCUGUCUUUUCUUCAUCAAUCCCACUGGCCACUCGCUUCGCCCUAUCGAUGUGAUUGUGAUGAAGAAGUUGAGCGAAGUUGUUAACGUCGUUCCUGUCAUUGCCAAGGCAGAUUCGCUUACUCUCGAGGAGCGGCUCAAGUUCAAGGAAAGGAUACGGGCAGAAUUGGUUUAUCACAACAUUAAGUUAUAUCCUUUCGAUAAUACGGAUGAUUAUGAUGAAGAGGAAGCUCAGCUUAAUGAGCGUAUCCGGGACAUCAUUCCUUUUGCUGUUGUGGGAUCGGAAAGAAAUGUUAUCAUCGAUGGCAAGGCCGUUCGUGGCCGCAAGAACCGCUGGGGUGUGAUCAACGUCGAAGACGAGAGCCAUUGCGAGUUCGUCUACCUCCGCAACUUCCUUACGCGCACUCAUCUGCAGGACCUCAUCGAGACGACUGCGUUGAUCCACUACGAAGCGUUCAGAUCAAAGCAGUUAUUGCUGCUCAAAAACCAGGCCGCUGGCAAUCCCUCCCCGCCUCCUGCGCAAUGA